AUGAAUCAAGAUAUAACGCAACCUAUUGAGCCAUUUCUCAAAAACCUUUUGUCGUCGUUGGAUGCACAGUACAAUUCACCCGGUCAAUCGUUUACCAAUGUUGAAUCAUAUGCUACUCAAUUUGGCUCUAGUCUUAAACGAGAGGCGGCUAUAAUAGUAAACGGCACUCCUAUUGUUCCUUCACAAGUAGAAGAUGCCAAACUACAGUUUCAAAAGAAAUGGUUGAGUAUGCCCAAUUCUUCGCAUCAAUUGACUAGCUUUGAUUGCCAUUUGAUACCAGGAACAAACACAUUCAUCAUCAAUUUUUCAGCGAGGGUUAAGUUUGAUCAAAGUGGGAAAAACAGGCUAGGUGAAUCGGCGGACUUGAUUCAACAAAACUCCAUUGUCAAAACUGUCAGACCGAUUUGGGGCUCAUGGUUUGGUGUAAAUGGCAUCUUGGUCAUUGAUAGUAAUCUCAAUGGACAGGAGAUUAUAAAUAGUUUUGAUUAUAGAUUUACAUAUGUUCCAAAGGAUACAACUUUAGUAGUAUAA